AUGAAAGGAUUAAUUUUAGUUGGUGGUUACGGUACUCGUUUGAGACCGUUAACUUUAACUUUACCGAAACCGUUAGUUGAGUUUGGUAACAGACCUAUGAUUUUGCAUCAGAUUGAAGCAUUAGCUGCUGCUGGUGUUACGGACAUCAUUCUUGCUGUGAACUACAGACCUGAAGUUAUGGUAUCUACCUUAAAACAGUAUGAAGAAGAAUAUGGCGUGAACAUUACGUUCUCAGUCGAAGAAGAGCCUUUAGGCACAGCUGGUCCUUUGAAGUUAGCAGAAAAAAUUUUGAGAAAAGACGAUACUCCUAUUUUUGUUCUUAACUCGGAUGUUAUCUGUGAAUAUCCAUUCAAAGAGUUGGCAGCUUUCCAUAAGGCCCAUGGUGCUGCUGCUACAAUUGUCGCAACCAAGGUUGAUGAGCCAUCCAAGUAUGGUGUCAUUGUUCAUGAUAGAGACACUCCUAAUUUGAUUGAUCGUUUCGUCGAGAAGCCCGUCGAAUUUGUUGGUAACAGAAUUAAUGCUGGUUUGUACAUUUUGAAUCCUUCAGUGAUUGAUUUGAUUGACAUGAAACCCACUUCUAUUGAAAAGGAGACCUUCCCUCAAUUAGUUGAAAAGAAGCAGUUAUAUUCUUUCGACUUAGAAGGUUUCUGGAUGGAUGUUGGUCAGCCAAAGGAUUUCUUGUCAGGUACAGUUUUGUACUUGACAUCUUUGGCAAAGAAGCACCCAGAGAAAUUAUCCAAUGAAAAAUUCGUUUAUGGUGGUAACGUCUUGAUUGACCCAACUGCUAAGAUUCAUCCUUCAGCUUUGAUUGGACCUAACGUUGUUAUUGGACCUAAUGUCAUUGUUGGAGAAGGAGCAAGAAUUCAAAGAUCUGUUUUAUUGGCAAACUCUGAAGUCAAAGACCAUGCCUGGGUAAAAUCCACUAUUGUUGGAUGGAACUCUAGAAUCGGUAAAUGGGCUAGAACAGAAGGUGUUACUGUUUUAGGUGAUGACGUUGAGGUUAAAAAUGAAGUCUAUGUUAAUGGAGCAAAGGUCUUGCCUCAUAAAUCAAUUUCCUCAAACGUUGAGCAUGAAGCUAUUAUCAUGUGA